AUGAAGGGCGGGAGGAAGAGGUCUCGAUCUUCUACAGUCGAUGAUGCAGAGGAUCGCCACGAGCGCUUGCAUGCUUCUACGCGGCGCGGCGACCAUCGAGCAGCUAGUCAGGCGGUUGAGGCUUCGGCCCCGUCUCCGUCUCCGUCUGCUACUCCGGCCGGGGCUCCGUCUCCGUGUCCGUCUGCUACACCUCUGUCAGGUGGUCCAUCUACUACAGCUCCGUCAGGUACUCCGGCUGAGCCUCAGCCUCAUCCUACUCCGGUCUCUCCGAUGGUUGAGUUACCUCUUGAGGAGACAUCUGGCGAGCAGUCUUCUUCGGAGCCCAGUGGCGAGGAGUCUGCUUCUGAGACUGCUUCUGAGGCCAGUGGUGAGGAGGAGGAGCCUCUUAUUCUCCAGGAGGAGAUUGAUGCUGUUGAUGUUGUGCCAGAUGUGGUGCCAGAGGGCGGUGUAGAGGGCGGUGCAGAUGACGACCUCAUCCAGAGGGUGGCACCGUUUCCCGGGGGGCCUGAGGAUCUGUCGCUUCUUGCGCAUCAUCCUGACCACAAGGCUCCUUGGACGUGGCAGGCACUUCUUCGCACAGACCCGCGGUACGUGGACCGUCGGACAUUGAGGGUGGCCACUGUUGGGGGGAAGGUAUGGAACCUCCCCUGUGAUGGCGAUUCAGAGGCCCACACAGCUGUGCGACAGCUGCUGCAGCAGACGGGUUUGUAUCACCUGCCUUGGUGCGGGUUACCGGAGACAGACCCAGCUGUCGUACUGGCCCUUGUUGAGAGAUGGCAUGAGGAGACGAGUAGCUUCCACAUGCCGUUCGGGGAGAUGACUAUCACCCUGGACGAUGUGUCGGCUAUUCUCCAUCUUCCCACAGGGUCGAGGUUCUACACUCCGGGCAGAGGGGAGCGAGACGAGGUUGCAGCGCUCUGCGCCCAGCUCCUGGGAGGAUCUGUUGCUGCUUAUCUGGCUGAGUUUGAGGCGGCGGGUGGCCAGAACAUUCGGUUCAUUACUUUGAAGACCAUGUACACGUCUGCUAUGGAUGGGGGACGCUAUGAGGAUGCUGCUAGGAUCUGGCUGGUGAACCAGCUUGGUGCCACCCUCUUUGCCAGCAAGAGUGGUGGUUACCACACUACUGUCUACUGGAUCGGGAUGCUUGAGGACCUCGGUCGCGUGUCAGAGUACGCGUGGGGUGCGAUUGCGCUGGCUUCGUUGUACGAACAGCUGAGUCGUGCUUCCCGCAGGAAGACAGCGCAGAUCGGUGGGUUCACCUCCCUCGUGCUGUCAUGGGCGUAUGAGUACAUAUCCAGCAGCGUCAUUAUCAGGACGGAGGUCCCCGGCUACACACAGGACCAGCCUAGGGCGCAGCGGUGGUCCACGUCUCGGAUCGCGCAUUCCGGACUCGAUGAGAGACGGGUCAUGCUCGAUGAGCUUACAGUAGAUGAUAUCACAUGGACCCCUUUUGAGGACCAUCGAGAUGUUCGACCGCGGGAUCCCAGGGCCCUCUAUUCCGGCUACAUCCGGACACCUUACGGCCGGUCUGUGAGCCUACAUCUACCAGAGCGGGUUAUGCGCCAGUUUGGCUUCAUACAGGACAUCCCUCGACACCCCUCUGAGAUCCAGACGACGGGGUCCCUUGCUGAGACCGCAGAUGCUGCCUAUGCUGAGUUUGAGCCGCACCUCCGCCCUCAGGGGAUACCUGCUACAUAUCCGGGAGAGGCGGUGGAGGGUUACAUGAGGUGGUAUAGCAGAGUGUCACAUGUGUUCAUCAUCCCUGAGGAUAGGAGGGAGGAGCUUAGUGCCGUGUCUGCCAUACGUAGGAGUGUGGAGUUGUUGGAGCAGUCCCUGGAGGUGCCAGGUGCUUAUGCUCCAGGGACACAGCCCCGGAUCCUCACGGAGAGGGCGCUCGAUCUCUUUCGACGGAGUUCCUUCGUUGGUACCCAGGGAGUUGCCUUUUCUGCUAUUCGAGGAGCCGCAGCUGCGGGAGGCAGAGCUCGUGGAGGCAGAGCUCGUGGAGGCAGACCCCGUGGAGGCGGAGCUCGUGGAGGCAGAGCUCGUCGAGAGGGUGAUCCUGGAGAGGGUGUUCGUGGAGGUCGAGCUCGUGGACCCAGAGGUCGCAGGGGGCGGGGUCGGGGAGAGUGAUUUUAUUACACUUGUUAUGUGGGAUCCAUUAUUAUGUAUAUGUUAGGACUUUUUAUGUUAUGUUAUGACUCUUUCCUCGUUUUAUUUGCAUGUGUUAUAUUUUUAGUCUUAA